AUGGCUGUCGGAGUGGAGCAGCUCGAAACGCUUUUGGUUUCUGUCCACAAAGUGGAUGUUGAGAUCUUCAAGUUGCUCCGUUCUGACGGUCUGGAAAGUGUCGCGGACUUUGUCGGGCUGUUUACAGAAAAAGACUACGAAGAAGGCCUCAAGGACUACACAGAGCGGUCCCAAAACUUCAAAGGGAACAAGAUCCAGCUGUCGCGACUCCGAGUGGCGUGGUCCGUCGCAAGGAGAGACUUGAACUCCACGGUGCCCACGGAGAGCAUCGACUUUGAAGCACCCCUCGAGCCGGAGUUGCGGCGCAAGCAGGAGAACGAGUUCAAGACCAAGUACAACAUCACUUUGAAGAAGCAGAAGAGCGUAGAAGACUUGGCGAAGGUUCGAAGCUUCGCGGACGUCAGCCAUGUACCGCUGGCUCCUGUCACCAAAGCCAUGGGGGAUUUCCGAGUGGUGCUCAAGGAUGAAAUGCCUGACAUCUCUUUUCGCGACACUUUGUCUUUGCUCAAGGCUCACGAGAUCCUGUGCUUCGCCUGGGCUGUCACCGGCACGGCUUUGCAGACGUCCAAGCUCGGCUCCAACAGCCAAGUGCCGGAAUGCUCCUUGACAGAAGCAAUCUCUUACCAUUCCUUCUGCAAGGAACAGAUUCGACUUCACCCAGGUCCACCUGCAGCCGCCAUACGAUGGUUUCUGGAACGCGACCGUGCUACAAGGUUGGCGGCAGUGCAGUCGUACCAGUCGGGACUCCCUUGGGGCGAAGCUCUGCAGCAAGCUCGUGAGACAAAGACUGCAGUUCUUUGGCAGUGUGCCACCUCUUCGACGGGUGGUGUGCUUCCGCUUGCAGUGGACCCGGAUCCAGACAGAAAGCGGCCGCCGCCGAAGAAGGAGGACCCCGCCAAGCGACCUCGCGUGGAUAAAUCUGGCAAGCAGACUGACUUGUCCACUGGCAAGCUCAUUAGCCUAGCAGACCUUUGCGAUGAUUGGAAUUCCACUAGAGGAUGUACUGCGAAGCAGCGUGACUGCCCCAAGCAGAAGCUCCAUCGGUGCAAUGCCAAGGCUGCAAACGCCGUUUUUCGCCUAAGAUGCCCUCCAGAGAAGCCAAUUUUGGUGGUCAAUUUCUCCGCAGGUACAGGACCCGGCCAUCUGAGUGCAGCGCGACAGAUGGUGUUCCAGUGCUCCAGUGUUUUCAUUUUGGAACAGAUCACAAUCACUGCCCCCCAUGUAUCUCAGAUUUGCCGGGACUGGGCAGAUGCGCUUCAGCAGGUCGCAUCUGUGCACGACAAGCCUCUUCACAAGCUGUGGUACGCUGCCGACCCCUGCCCAGGUCUGUUUGCCCAUGAUGGUCUGGGUAGUGCAGACCUCGACGAUGCCCCUCCUCUGGUCGUGCACGCUGCGGAUUUUGGUUGGGUGCAUACGUCAUGUUUUGUCUGGGGCAUCGGAAGCACAGAGUUUCACGUUGACCUUUCCGGCUUUCAUUUUCACGAGAAGGGAACCUUGCAUCCAAACGUGCAUGUCAUCAGAUGGCAUGGACAAGAUUGCCCAAACAUUUCGAUCGUUCAUGGUCAAGCCAGUCAAGCUUGCAAGGCACCGGCAGCUUUGCUCCCCACGUACACUGAGGGACGGCUUGUUUUGCACCACCUGCAUCAGGCUCAUCAAACUCAGCCAUCUGUGCUUCUUGAAGCGUUGCGAGAGAAUGGCAUUGCAGAUGAGACUGCCUGUUGGAGUGAUGCUGGGAAUUUGGAGCUCUUGAUGGGUUAUCCUCGAGGAUAUACAGCUGUGUUGAACUCCUUCAGCCACCAGCAGCGAGUGAGCCUGUUGUCCACUGCGGUUCACGUGCCAGCUUUAGCAGUGUGUUUGUCUGCGAUGCUCUCGCACCUGCCACGUCAGCCUGAGCCGGCAUGGUCCAUGCCCUGGGAGCCUUGGCCGCAGUUUCAGACUUCCUUGGUGGAGGGUCCUUCAGCCAGAGAGUGGUUUGAAGACAUUCUGAGCAUGCUGCCUCUUCUAGGGGCGUCUGCCGAUCUGCUGCAAAGCACGUGGGAGAAGUUCUCAUCCCUAGACGUUGAGCCCUUUUUGAUUUAUGAGAAUUGGUGCUUGUCUGAAGGGCGCCCUUUUAAGGGAGGUUUCGAGUGGGAAGUGCUGCGUGCGCAUGAUCCCACAAGAACUGCAAACCAAAAAAAGCAGGACUUUGCUGAAGAGGUGCCAAUCGACAGACAGAUUUCUGCACAGGAACAUCUGUCGGCUGCCUUGUCGUUGCAGCACCCGUUUGCCCACUCGCCGCUGCUUGAGCAGGACUUGCAGUUUGCCAUCCAAAAUGCCUGUCAGUAUGGCUUGCAAGUAGCUCGACACAGAGAUGUAGCUUUCGGCCACUUGCGUAAACUAGCCAGGGCCCUCCAGUCUCUUGAUGCACACCUACUUGCUUGUAGACCCGUGCAUCAUGUUGACGGUCUUCGCCCUGCUAUGUUUGCUGCAGUCAUAUCCAUUUUGAGAUGGCCUGACAGGGACCUCCCCACGAAGUUAGUUCGCGGCUUCGAGCUUGUGGGUGAUAUUCCCAGAUCUCAUAUUUUUCGUCCGAUCUCAUCGCCUCCACAGCCUGCCGUUCCCCUGUUGGGCCAGGACGUGCAGCGCUACGUGGAUGGCCUUGAGAAGGACCUCCGCGUCCACCCUCGCGCGGAGGUGAUCCUGGAAGAGACGUUGAAGGAGCAGUCGCUCGGCUUAGCCGGUCCGUUUAGGGACAGAGCCUACUUUGAUAAUUUAUACGGCAAAGGAGCAUGGCGGCCUUUGAAGCGUCAUGUCAUCCACCAGCAUGACAAAGACAGGCCCAUUGACGAUGGGAAAGCUGGGCGCCAUAACGAGUGCUCACAGCUUGUUGAAACCAUAGUCAAUCAACACGCUGACUUUCCAGCGGCUGUGCUUCAGUUUUGGGCGCAAACGGCUCUCCGAAUGCUCCGCGAGGUUCAGCCAGAGGCUUCGCCUGAUGAUCUUUUUCGAAUUGUUCCAUGGCUGCAGAUAGCGGUGGGUACAGAUGACAUGUGGAAAGGUUAUAGGCAGCUGCAUGCUUGUGAGGCACAUGCUCCUGUGUCAGUUGUCACAUUUGUGCACCCUCACACCAAGCAGCGAGUGUAUUCACAGCUCUAUGGCCUCCCUUUCGGGCUUGCCAGUGCUGUGGUCCAGUUUAACAGAGCCCCGCAAGUGCUCACUGCAACUUUGCGUAGGGUCUUGUUCUUGGUGUCUGGCCAUUACUUCGACGAUAGCACUCAGUUUGAGUACACGUCGUUAGCCAGUCACACCAAAACUGUCUUCGUUCGCACGAUGUCUUUGUUUGGAGUGAAAUUGGGACAUCCGAAGCGCCAGCGCUUGUCCCUCUGUGCCAAAUUUUUGGGACUCCUGACAGAUGCAACGGAAAUGUCUCGCAGACAGGUCGUUCACUUGUCGGUGGCACCAUCCACGAAGAUUAAAGCAACAUGCUUGCUCAGGCAGCUUAGUGACGCUAGUCGGGUCACACCUGCUGAUGCAGCUAAGUUGCGCGGCUUGUUCAACUGGCUUGAAGGUACAUUCAUUGGCGAGCCCUUAAGUGGCGCUUUGUCAGCUUUUGUUGCCCGCCAGUAUUGGGAGCAGACUGAUGCCAUCACUGAGCCCCUCAGGUUGAGCAUGAAUUACUUGGACGUCGUGCUCAGGCACAUGCCGGCUCGCACGGUCCGCAUGUUCCCGCGCCCCGAAGCGCCUGUAGUGAUUUAUACUGAUGCUAGCACAGAGGCCCCAUGUGCAAGCGCAUGCCGCCUAGGCAUGUACAUAGUUUGCGAUGGUCGACAUUUUGUUGCUAGCGUAGACGUGCCUGAACAUGUCAUGCUUUUAUGGCGGGAACGCCAGACAUAUAUCAAUGUCCUUGAGCUUGUUGCAGUGCCGUUAUUGGCCAUGUCAGCUCCCCAGUUCUUCCGAGGGCGGGACGUUGUCCAUUUCAUUGACAACCAAGUGGCUUUGCAGACACUUAUCAAAGCUGCCUCGCGUGUGGGUGACAUCAACCACAUUUCGCUCCUGGCAGGUUUGUGCUUUGCCCAGCUUCACUGCCGGCCCUGGUACUACUGGGUCCCAUCUGAGCAGAGCGUUUCAGAUCCGCUCAGUCGUCUCGGGUUCCAAGAUCCCGCGAUUGCUGCUGGCAUCACUUGCGGCAAGCUUCAGCCGCUUAGUAUCCGCCCUGAUUUCUCUGUGUUUCGUGAAGACAUGGAGAUUGUGAGAAUUGUCAAGGCCGCGGCCGAUACGAGACCCAGGCUACAUCGCGAUGAGUGCGGGGAGUUCGCGAUGCUCGUUGUUUGGCUGAUUGGUUUCGACGGCGUCAUGUACGACGGGGAUGACUUCAUUGAUGUCGAUUGGCACCCAGCAGAUUUACGGCUAGGCGACCGAGUUGGAGUGCUCGUCACACCUGCAGGUCUGCUCAAGGUCUAUGUCAAUGGGAAGUGGCGUGUGGACGGCCCGUCCAACGUUGAUGUGAGUCGGGCACUUUUCCCGGCAGUUGACCUUAUCGGCAACACGGACGGUGUGGAAUGGAUUCCACAGGCCCGCUGUCCUGCCCAUCGGCCAUCGGCCAUGUCGCGUCCCGAGCGAGGCUUUCACCGCGGCUCUUUGGGAAGAGCCCUUCGUUUGUCUGCCGACGGCUGGUCCGUGGAGCAUCAGAAUGGCGAGUCACUCCACGGCACCGCCUUGGGAGCUGCAGCUACGGAGCUCGUGGAGGGAGUUGGGCGUUACUUCGAGGUGCACAUCGACGAGGUCCUUUCGGAUCAGCCCGACGGGAUGGCCCUGGGCUUCACGAGUCACAGGCCUGAGGAGGUCGUCGAGCCUCCCGCAACCUCGGACGCACUUCGCGAUGCGUGGCUUGCGGGCUUCGAUGGGGCCGUCUGGGAUGGUGGGAAGACUGAGUGGCUUCUCAGCAACUGGGACACCCGCAACCUCGCUGCCGGCGAUGCGGUUGGUGCCCUGAUCGAUCCGCAAGGGACGUUGCGCAUCUUCGUCAACGGCUGCCAGGUGGUGCGAGGUCCGAAGCUGCCCCAGUCCACGUGUUCCCCGGAGGCACACCUUUACCCGGUGGUCGACCUUCUGGGUGCCGUGCGACGGCUUUCCCUUCUGCCGAAGGCGACCUCACCGUCACUCGCGCCGGAAGAGGUGGCGGCGGAGAAGGAGGCCCCGGAAGGCUUCAUGACCGGCUUCCACCUCGAGAAGGCUGGCCCGGCUUUGCUUCUCUCCGACGAGGGCCACGCCGCCGCACGCCGGCACGGCCAUUCGCCGCUCCAAGGCGGCAUCCUGCUGGGCAAUGCGCCGCUGGAGGCUGGGAAGGAUGGCAGCGUGGGCUACUCGCUGACCAUCGCGACCCCAGCAGACGCGGGUGAGACCGAGGGCAUGGCCAUCGGCAUCACCACACGGCCACCUGCAGAGCUGACUGCUGUUCCCACCACUGCAGACGAGGUGGAUCCAUCCUACAUGUUGGGCUUCGAUGGUGCCGGCUGGGACGGCUCAGCGAUGAAGUGGCACUACAGCGAGUGGCAGCCCUCUGAGCUCAAGGCAAACGAUGUCGUCGAUGUUGUGCUGGACUCUUCUCGUCGUUUGAAGGUGUCAGUGAAUGGCGAGCAAAAAGCUGUGCAAACCAUGCAGGUCUCGAAUCAGAAGGGCCCCUUCUACGCGCUCUUGGACAUCUACAGCGCCGGCCUUGGGGUCGGGGCCCUGAGAGGGGUCAAGGCUAAGAUGGGCGAGUGCUUGCGCCCCGGCGCCGAAGAGUUUGACAAGGGAAUGCCGGUAGCGUAA